AUGUUGUUUAUAGAUGAUUCAGGUGGACCAAUAUUUCAAUGGGCCGGACAAUAUUGGGAACAAGUAGGUAUUGUCUCAUAUGGAAACGGUUGUGCGCGACCUGGACAACCAGGUAUUUAUACUCGACUAUCAUAUUAUUAUGAUUGGAUCAACAAUAUUCUGAAAAAUGACAAUGAACAUUUGGAACCAGUAUUUCCAUCAGAUGCAACUCCUACAAUGAAAAUUAAUACGACAACAAUCAUCAACGAAUCAACACCAAGUACAAAAAGUGAUGGGUUGAAUCAUGGCAAAAGUGCUAUCAUCUGUGCGGCACUUAUUGUUUUUCUUAGCUUUAUUCGAUGA